GAACAUCAAAGUUGUCAACACCACGGGCACAAUUAUAUUCAUCACCCUCAGCAAUGGAUCAUUAUAGCACUACGCGACUGAAACUUCUCCAAGCGGAUUUUCUCAUUGGUAUCCCGAACGACACAUUAUGUCUUCAUCGUAAUGUCAUCCUCAUACAAAAGUUUCGACCAUUAGGGUGGGCCAAAAUCAACGACGUAACUCUGCCUUACAUCAACAACGAUGAUGCUAUCACUACGUAUGAUGAUGUGAAGUAUACACAAGAGAUGGGAUAUAUCGGUGGUCGUUCGGAUUGACGAGUAGUAGUGCUCUGUAGCACGAGGGUGACUGGCGAAUGCUUCAGAGCGUACCUAAGUAAGCACGAGAGUACUUCUCUUUCACUCUCAUUGGAAACACUUUUCAUUCUCUCUCUUGAACUAUAUUCGCAUACAUUCGGAAGUCGACUUUACAACUUCAUUACUCUGGCCAUCCAUCCAGCAUCAACAAUGUCUUCCGAGCAAACUCCCCUCGAGAUCGCCGCCCAGCCGGAGCGCGACCUCAACUCCCGCGAGGCCAAAGUCGGCGCCUCCAAGCCGAGCGAUAGCGCCAACGAGUCCGGCAUCGACGCCAACGUCAUCAACAAAUUUCCCGGCUCGACCGUGACCUACGGCUCGGCAGCCUCAGGAGCCGGUGACAACCCUGAGAUUCCCGAGGAGGAAGGUGGAAGCCUCAAUCCACGGACCGGACAACCUACCAAGGCCCGCGACUUUGAGGGCGAAGGCGGCCUAGAGGAGAAGGCGGCGAAGUAUGUCCAGGACCAGCCCGGCAACGAUGAUGUCCGGGAGAACAUCCGCAACUAGAACGUGAAAUUCUAGCAGCAGCUUUGUGGACGAGGAAUGAAGUCAGAAGAGAGAUUAUGCGUCCUCACCUAACGUGACGAUACCCAUGCUGCUCAUGAUCAAUGACGAGCUGCGGCGAGAGCUGGAACAGGAGAAGGCAUGGAGAAAUGGACAUCAGGUAAAUUGAUCGCGUGAUCUCGAUGUUCAAAUGCAACAGGAUGGUUCUGUCAUGUGUGAUCAGUGGGCAUCAGGUCAAUCCAACGCCACGGAAAGACACGUUGACAAAGUUCGUACCGAUUUUCACAAGCAAAAGAAGACACAAGAUUCGUAAAUUCCCAUUCAUUCGCCCACUGCCAGAGUGAG